AUGAAGAAUUUGCAUUGGUUGAAAGAGUUUUCUAACAAUGUGAGGACAGGUAGAAGACUUUCACUAGGUGAAUACAAAAGAGCUGUGUCUUGGUCUAAGUAUUUAGUUUCUUCUGGAGCAGCUAUUAAGGGAAAUGAAAAAGAUGAUUGGAAUGCUGAUUUGUCUCAGUUGUUUAUUGGUUCCAAAUUUGAUUCUGGGAGACAUAGCAGGAUCUAUAGAGGUUUAUACAAGAACAUUGAUGUGGCUAUUAAGCUUGUGAGUCAACCUGAGGAGGAUGAGGAAUUGGCUGCUUUGCUUGAGAGACAAUUUACUUCUGAGGUUGCUUUGUUGUUUCGAUUGCGCCAUCCCAAUAUUAUUACUUUUGUUGGAGCAUGCAAGAAACCACCAGUGUUCUGUAUAAUCACUGAAUAUAUGGCUGGAGGCUCAUUGAGAAAGUACCUACAACAACAAGGACCGCAUUCAGUUCCUCCGAAAGUGGUUCUUGAGUUAGCCCUUGAUAUUGCAAGGGGGAUGCAAUAUCUUCAUUCUCAAGGAAUACUUCAUAGGGAUCUCAAAUCAGAAAAUCUGCUGUUGGAUGAAGAUAUGUGUGUAAAAGUGGCCGAUUUUGGGAUCUCGUGCUUAGAAUCUCAAACCGGUAGCACAAAAGGAUUCACUGGAACUUACCGUUGGAUGGCGCCUGAAAUGAUCAGAGAAAAGCGUCAUACAAAGAAAGUAGAUGUCUACAGUUUUGCCAUAGUUCUAUGGGAGCUAAUAACAGGACUCACACCAUUUGAUAACAUGACACCAGAACAGGCAGCAUAUGCAGUAACUCACAAGAAUGCAAGGCCUCCAUUACCAUCUGAUUGUCCAAUGGCAUUUAGUCAUCUGAUAAAGAAGUGUUGGUCAAGCAAUCCAAAUAAACGGCCACAUUUUGUUGAGAUAGUCUCAAAUUUGGAGAGAUAUACAGAUUCACUCGAGCAGGAUCCUGAAUUUUUCUCUACCUACAAACCAAGUCCUAGUAAUGUACUUGUGAAGUGCUUACCAAAUUGUAAUGCUGGCUUAGAAGUUAGGACUCUCUUUUAA